AUUCAAUGCAACCUGGCCCGCUUUUGCCGGCAUUCAAGGGCAUAAGUCACCCACUACAACUUACCUAGAAUAAACGAGCAAAAGAGCACCCAGGCCAGGGAUUCUUGAGAAAUUUGACAAAGUUGUGACAGCUGGCUGCACCCCUUCUUUUCGCUAAGGACCGUGGCAUCAAGCCAUGCCAGGGAGCCAAUACGGAGCCAAUCAAAGACGUUUGGGCUUUGGCUGCAGACCGCUACGUGUACAUCCCAAGCCUUUGUUUGUUCACACCCUGCCUGGCCCUCCUGCUGAGCACGCUGGAGGCCCAACUGGGAAGAGCGCUGCGGACGGUGCUCAAGGUGGCUUUUGCUUGCGCGAUCCUGGCCUGUAGUUGGAGAGCCCAUGAGGUGUCCUCCUUCUGGAGCCAUGGCUCGCUCCACCUCUUCCAGGCCAUCCUGAAAGAGCAGCCGGGUGAGUUUCAUACGCUCAAGGACCUGGGCACCUUACAGCUCAAGAAGGGCCAGAUGUCUCAAGCCCGGUCCACGCUCUCCGAGGCCUUACGUCUGCGCCCAAAUCAUGGAGGCGUUCUCCUGAAUUUGGCGACCUUGGAACACCAGUUGAAACAUCCUACCAAAGCGGAAGGCAUGUAUCGCCGAGCUGUUCGGGCCGUGGAGGCCGACGUGAAGCGGUGCGGCAACUGCCAGCCGUCCAUGACGGAGCUUGCCAAAGUCCAGGCAAACUAUGGUGGGCUGCUGCUCCAGCUGGGGCGAGCACAGGAAGCUACCACUGUGCUGGAGGCUGGUGCUCCUUGGGAUGCAGCAGUGGAGUCGGCACGCGCUCCAGGGUUAUACCAUCUUUGCUUGGCCUACCGUGCACUGGGCCGGCGCGAACGCGCCACACUCUUCUGCCGUGCAUCGCUAGCUGCCAAAGGAACUGCAGCGGUCGAGGCGAUGCUGGCGGACUUGGAGACAGAUGUGGAAGUGGAUGGACUCCGAUGAGGCGG